AUGGAAUCUUCUGGUGCUGCUGAUUAUAUAUUUAAAAUUGUUUUGACGGGUGAUAGUGGUGUUGGCAAAAGUAAUUUACUAUCACGAUUCACUCGAAAUGAAUUUUCAUUAGAAUCUCGAUCAACUAUUGGAGUUGAAUUUUCCACAAAAGAAGUACAAGUAGACGGAAAAACGAUAAAAGUUCAAAUUUGGGACACUGCCGGUCAAGAACGUUUUAUGGCAAUAACAAAAGCUUAUUAUCGAAAUGCCUAUGGUGCAUUACUCGUAUUCGACAUUCUCAAAGCAUCUACAUUUCAAAAUUUAGAUCAAUGGUACAGUGAAGUACGAGCGAAUGCUGGUGUUGAUUGCUGCAUUAUUUUAAUCGGAAAUAAAUCUGAUCAACGACAUAUUCGAGCAGUUAUGAGUGAUGCUGCGAAAAAAUAUGCAGAUGAACGUAAUAUCAAAUAUAUCGAAACAUCAGCUUUGGAUGCCACUAACGUUGAACAAGCAUUUCGGACACUAAUACAAGAUAUUUAUAAACAGUUUUCAGAAAAAGUAAAUGUAGUGAAAGGCGAGUCAGACGUUGUCAGUCUGCCAAAAAAUCAACAAAACCAACAACAACAACAAAAUUAUUCAUCGAAUUCUCGGCCAAAUCAGUGUUGUUAA